GCCGAUUCUUAGGCGUGCGCAGUAAUAACAUCCGGUUUGGCCGGCAAAUUUUGGAAAAAAUAUGCCAUUGCCAAUACAGCAGGGCUUAUUUCAGGCUGCAGCAGAACCAAUGCAGGUUGAUGCUGCCCCUGAGGAGAAUGAUAACAUUGAAGAUGUUCAGUAUAUUGUGGAAGCUACAACACUGGACUUGGAACAGUAUGCAAGUCAGUAUACAGGACUGGCCAAGCUGAACAGGCUACGCUUUAUAGCCGACCAUUGUCCACCAUUGAAGCUAGAUGCAUUGAGAAUGGCACUUUCCUAUGUGAUGACCACUUAUAAUACAAAUAUGUACCAGCAGAUCUACAGAAAACUACAGGAGGCUGUAUCAGCAAAUUCCAGUUUACCAGAUGCAGUUGCAGGAGCAAUACACAAUGUGACUCCACUAGAUGCCCAAUGGAUCGAAACUACAGCAAAAAAAGCAGCUCUCAAGCUUGAGAAACUAGACACAGACUUGAAAAACUACAAAAGCAAUUCCAUUAAAGAAAGCAUUAGACGCGGCCAUGAUGAUUUAGGAGACCACUAUUUAGACUGUGGAGAUCUGAGUAAUGCAUUGAAGUGCUAUUCUAGGGCAAGAGACUAUUGUACUAGCCCUAAACAUGUUGUAAAUAUGUGUUUAAAUGUCAUAAAGGUUAGUGUGUACCUACAGAAUUGGUCACAUGUACAGAGUUAUGUAAAUAAAGCAGAAAGCACUCCAGAAGUUACAGAGCAUGGUAAAGAUGGUGGACAGUCCGUGUUAACCAAGUUACGAUGUGCUGCAGGACUUGCAGAUCUUGCAACUAAAAAAUACAAAUCAGCUGCCAAAUAUUUCCUUCUAGCUAGUUUUGAUCACUGUGAUUUUCCAGAGUUGUUGUCACCUCAUGAUGUGGCCACAUAUGGUGCCUUGUGUGCCUUGGCUUCUUUUGACAGACAGGAGCUACAAAAAAAUGUCAUAUCUAGCAGUUCUUUCAAGUUGUUUUUGGAGCUUGAACCCCAACUUCGUGAUAUUAUCCACAAAUUUUAUGAAUCCAAUUAUGCAUCCUGUCUAAAAUUACUAGAUGAAUUAAAGGACACUUUAUACUUAGAUAUGUACCUAGUUCCACAUGUAAAUACCUUGUACUCACAAAUAAGAAACCGAGCUUUAUGUCAGUACUUUAGUCCAUACUUGUCAGCUGAUAUGUCAAAGAUGGCUACGGCAUUCAACACCACUGUUUUAGAUCUAGAAGAUGAACUCAUGCAGCUAAUUUUAGACGGCCAAAUCAAUGCUAGAAUAGAUUCCCAUAGCAAGAUUUUAUAUGCAAAAGACACUGAUCAACGCAGCACAACAUUUGAGAAGUCAUUUACAAUGGGGAAGGAAUACCAGAGAAGAACAAAAGCCCUUAUACUAAGAUCAGCUGUAUUAAAAAACCAAAUUAAUGUUAAGUGUCCUCCACGAGAAGGCGGACAGGGUGGGGAAAUGUCAAUAGCUCCGGGAAAUGCUUCAUCUGCGAGAAACUGAUAACAUUUGGUGAACCUCAGAUUGUCUUUCAUGCUUUUACAAGGCUCCAAGAUUCAAUACAUCCCAGAGCUGACAGCUCCAUUCCAGAUUAGCAGUAAAAAAAAUGUUGAGGGAUGUUUUACAGUGAAGUGAGUGGACUCUACACAUAACAAGGAAUAGAUGAGAAAUGACCAGCUUGAAUGAAAACUGAAAGUAAAAGCAAUAGAUUGUAGUAAGGUGAAAUUUGCAUUGAAUUGCAAGCAUGUUAUGACAAUUUCCAGUACAAGUCGACUACAUUAUUAUCUGCUCAUUGAUGUACAUGACUUGUGUACAAAUUUGAGUCCAUUUUGAUUAGAAAUUUAAUAUGUGUUUGAAAGUCAAUUACUCAGUUAUUAUUCAGACAAUUAUGAAAAGGAUUCUGAGACAAAUUCCCAAGUCUAAUAUGAGUUAAUGGGACUUCCGAAUUUGGAGAAUACAGAAUUAAAGUUUCACUUGUCUUUAUCACAGGAAGUACAGCUUUAUUAAAAAUAGAUAAGGUGUACAAUUAUAUAUAAUCUGGUUAAUUGUUGCCAGUUUUGCUGACUUUGUGACGUUGAUUCUCAAGGAUAGUAAGCAUAUUGUGAUUGUAUUAAUUGCAUCAUGGCAAAAAGUACCUUGUGGUAUUAAUGAAGAUUGACAUUGGCUGUCAUAUAGUGGAUAAAAAAAGCAAAAUUGUUAUAAAUAACUGAACGUAUUGUAAUAAUGUUCUUUUCAGUUUUCAUUGAUGCUCAUUUUAAAGACAAAGGCAUCAUUUCUUACAGAGAAUGCAAGUGUGUAUAAUGUACAGGAUUUUUCUAUCCUAACUUGUAAAUGACAGGUUUCCAGAACAGUACUAUAGGACAUAACCUUACUAUAUAUUUUCCCUUGAUUUUACCUCUAGCUACAGAAUCAGAUAAUUACAUACCAGUGAUUGGAUUUUUCUGCAACAUACAUCUUUCCAAUUUCACUGGUUGUCAUAUCUACAGAUCCUGUGGUCACAAGUUGAAUCCCAGGGUGAGGCGUAUCUUCUCCAUGUUGAUUUGCUAAAAAGACAUAGUGUCU